AUGAAGAGACCAUUUCGUCCCCAAGGGCCACGCACAGGCUGCCCCCGUGGCUGGCAGAACUGUUUUCUAAACAGGAAGAAGUCGGCUCCGGCAAACCUCGACUUCAUUUUCUGCUCCUGGAAAUGCGUGUCAGCCGGGAGUGUAAAUGCCAAAGUGAUCCAAAACCUGAGGGGAUCUGCCCGGAGAUGGGCUCUGCCCUCCGUGCUGGGACAACAGGGCCCUCUCGCCCCAAGAACCUCCCUGGUGUGCGACGAGAGUCUGGAGACUGACCUAGUGGCGUCAGUUCAGGUCAGUGCAGCGUCUGGAGGGGAUCUGUUCCGGAAACCCUGCGCAGGGACCCCUUUGCGCCUGCGGCUCUGGGCUGCUGGGCGCCUGACUCCGCCCUCCUCGACGGAACUCUGGCAGUGCCUCUCCAAAAUGUGUGGACAAAUCUGUCUGUCCACAUUCUCCUCUUCCCUUCAAGGUGGAACAGGUGACUGCCCUCGUCGCCCCUCCGGGAGCCACAAGAGCGCUAAGGGUCUGCUCAAUGCUGAGCAGGCAGGCCCCCAACCGGAGCCAUCGCGGAGCCUCUGGUCCUCCCCGAAGCAGGCAGGUGAUCAGGAGAGUGUCGUUUUGUGGAACCCGGUCUGGAGUUUCCAUGGGGGAGCAGCCAGCAGCCUCAGAGGAGGACAACAGCCGCAGAAUCUGGACCGGAGCGUGCUUGCGGCCUCGGCAUUUCAGACGCUUCACAGACGCUCGGUGCCCUCCUAUCUAAUUGAAUAUCAAGGGCUGAUGUCCAGGGCUGCCGACUUUCAGAUUGGGGCAGAGGAGGAGCUCCGUGGGAACGUCAGAAGGGGCAGUUUGGUGGAGUGGCGGGUGCAGAAGUUGCUCAUGGACGGGUGGCAGGAGUGA